AUGAAUAUUCGAGUUGUUAAUGCUCAUAAAUUUGUAAAAUUAUUUAAGCUAUUCUUAUUGAGCAGCGAAUUGCAAAAUAUCCUAGUUGGAUUACUCAUUGUUAUUUAUCCUCUUCAGGUAUUAUUUUAGGAGUUUAGCUAGCAAAAUCAAAUAAGAAUAUCAGAAUUAAAACAAAUUUACUCUUUUGAUGCCUUCAACUCCAUAAAUUAAAACGCUGAUUUGUACAAAUUUCUUUAAAAAAAGUUAAUCCCUUAAAUUUAUUUAAACUUUCCUACUCCUUUUUUGCUGUAUGCAUAUCCAAUUAUAUACUAAUCUGUUAGAUAAAAUUCUAACUCUGAUCUAUAAUAAUAGAUAACAUGCAUACAUGAUACUUCAGUUUCAAAUUCUACAGUUUGUGAUUUAAGUAUUAUGAGCUAACGAGAGCAAGAUAUAAUUUAGCAGAUAUUUGUAGCUGAUAAUUCGAAUUUUACUUAAAAUUGUGCUACUUAAGGUUACUUUUCUUACUAUGGAGAUUGUCCUUAUAUUGCUAUGUUAGGUAGAGACAACUAUUCUGAUAUAUUAGAUGCAAUGUAGAAACAUUAAUGGAUUAAUUCAGAUACUGUGUUUGUUAUGUGCGAAUUCAGUAUGUACGAUGUGAUUUCGCAGAGCUACUUUUACAUUCAAUUUAUAACUGAAUAUGAUUCUACAAAUACCUAUUUGCUUUCUAAAUCAAUAUAGCAUAGUAUCAUUAUACAUAAUGACUAAGCCUUUACAAUUACUAUUUUGGUGUUUAUGUUUGUUUUAAAUAUUCUUUACAACCUUAAAAUGCUACUUGAAUUUAAUUUGGUUACUAAUCGAUGGACGCUUGUUGGUCAUCUCGUUAAUAUGCUAGCUAGCUGGGCAUACAUUGGCUUCAAUCUUGCUAUUCAAGUCCUCUCCAAAAAAAUUGUUAAUUUUUAGACUUUAAAAAAUUUAGAUCAAUUGCAAAAAAUGCAAAACUUAAGUGCCCUCUUUAUAUUUUUGAUAUUGCCUUUCAGAAUAUUUACUUGGAUAACACAAUUUAAAUACUUUAGAUGGUUAAAAAAAUUCUCUAAUGUUGUGUUCAAGACAUUUCCUGGUAUUUUUAUGGCUCUAGUGAUGUUUUUGAUAGUUUAUUUAUUUGCUGUUUAGAUGAAUUAAGUAAAAUUAUAUUCAGAUUUAUCUGAGCUAUAUUACGACAUAGCAACAGCAUUUCUUUCAGCUUUUGAUACUAACAUACAAGAAAUAUCCGAAAAGGGUUAUGGCACGAUAUAAACAAUACCAUACCUAUACAUAUUCCCAGCAAUAUUUAAAAUAAUCAGCUUCUUCUUGUUCUUAUAUUUUUUAUCUCUCUUCAUUGACUUGUUUAGGAAGUCUGCCCAAUUAGAGUUUAGAGAAAAGUCUAAAUUUGAACAAGAAUUCAGCGAUUUGCUGGAAGAACUUGACUCAAGAGUUGAAUCAACAAAAGAAGUGAUUAGAGAGUACAUUGAGAAAGAAAACAAGAACAAAGAAAACGAUUAAAACUAAAAAAUACUGCUUUAUUUUCAUCUAAAAUCUCCCUCUUAGGAGUAAGAAAAAAGAUUUGAAAUGUUCUAAGAUGAAUCGACAGAACAAGAACAAGAAACAUAAGAAUGCAUUUACAAUGAAUGUGCUGAGAACUAAGUUGUAAUAAGAAAAUUUGAUGAUUUUGAGCAAAUGGUGCAAUUUAUUGUUUGCUUAACGAAUAUAAAGAGCUAGUAUUUCUCCUUAAAAAGUGGAGAGAAGCUGAGAAUAUUUUUUUAUAUAGAAGAUCAAGAUUUUUUUAAAUGUAGCAAAGUAAAUCAACUCAAUUCAUUUUUAGAAUUGCUCAAAAAUAAAAAAUUGAUUUUCCCAAUUCUAUAUUUUUCUCCAACAUUUCAGUUUAGUCAUUAGAUGCAAGUUGCAUUGAGAAGAGUUUAUAGUUUGUCUCUGUGCAGCGAUAGCUAAGAAGUAUUGCAAAAAUUUUGCAAUUUGAACCUAAAAUUUAAGAGUCUUUAGCAGUGUAUUUACUUUUAGGAGGAUUUCAAUUAAAAAAGAAAUAGCAUAAAAGAGUAAAACAUAAAUAAUAUAAAAAAUAUUGCUAAGCCAGAAUAAGUUCUAUCAAAGUUACCGUCCCAAAAUAGCAGCCCCUAUUAAUAGUUAAAAUAGCAAUUAAGCAACUAAAAUAUAACAAGUUAAGAUGCUGUGAUUACAAAGCAACCAUCCUAAGAAAAUAACUCAAACAAUUUUUCUGGAUCAACACCUUAAAAUAGCAAUAAAAAUCAAGUUUAACCUCAAAAUUCUAUAAAAUCUUAUGUGUCAUAAAAUAGUUCAGAGUCAAAAGAUUAAUCUUACUUAUAUUGA